AUGGAUAUGAACCUCAGCAUGCAGACCAGGGCUGUGCCUUCCUCAAACGACACCGGCAUUCAUGACGUCGGGGACAUUACAAACUCGUCCCGGCUGGGUGUAUAUCAGCACCUCCCGAAUGAAAUCCUGCUGCAGAUCAUCUUGAACUUGAUCCCUCGCGGCGGCCUCUGUAUAUCGAAUCACCCGGACCACAACUCGGAUUUCGCCACGAUUGCAUCCCUUUUGCGCGUCAACCGAGCGAUUCACGAUGAGAUGCUGCGUCGCAUAUUCAGCCUCCCGUUACAUGUUCGCAUUCUAAGCGGUGGCCACUGUCGCUGCCUCUUCGGGACGCCGCCUUUCCCCAAGACGCGCUUGGGAAGGGUCACUGUCCUCCCACUGAGAAGAUUCUCCGAGGUCGUGGUGACGUUUGUGCCUCAGGUACUCACGGCGCCGUGCGGGAACCGGAUCCAGACGCCAUGGCCUGUCGAUUCGCUCACGGGCGAGAGAGGCGCGCGGAAGUUCCGACUCGACAUACGGUGCAUCGCGCGCCAGUCUGACGGCGUCGCAGAAGCGAUGGUCAGACACCCAGACGUCCGAUCUGGAGCCUCUUCUCGCUUCAGGUUCAGGUUCGAUGGGUCCAAGGGGGUCGACGAGGCGAACAGAUUGAGGGAAAUACCUCUGUGGGAGAUCGAGCCGCUCCAGAUGACGCUGGACAAGUGGCGUCGGGUUGCUACUCCGGUGGGUACAGUCCCGCUACAUCAGAUAGACAUGCCCGAGAGUCUUGUGACUGGAGUCGUUGCGGUCUUCAAGCUGCACGAAGGUCGUCUCACGAGUGUACGUCCUCUAGACGAGUGCUCGAAUGCCGUCGCUCGCUGCUGGAAGGGUUUCUGGCUCGGCUUCAGAUUUGAGCUCCCUCUACACAUUGACGAGAGACCGUGGCGCUCGCGCUUAUUCAACCGUCGCUUCAUCAUUACCACGAGAAGCAGGACCGGGGCGAGUGGGGAUGAGCCACAGCUUGAAGCGGAAGCCUUUGUACAAGGAACGCUGUCAUUCUGA